UUUCAACCGCAAAGCCUGAGAUCUGAGACAUAUACUUCCUACAAUGACCAGCAAAUUUACUGCAGCCAUGGCGAUUCUCUUCGCACUUCUUCUUGCUCUUCCCCAAACCUCUGAGGCCGCCACCGGCGGCGCCCUUGCUGUCUAUUGGGGCCAAAACCUUGAUGAGGGGUCCCUAACUGACACUUGUGCUAGCGGCAUAUAUGACAUAGUUAAUAUCGCUUUCCUAUACAAAUUUGGCGGUGGCCAAACCCCAGAAAUCAAUCUUGCUGGCCACUGUGGCUCGUGGACUUCCGGUGGCUGCACUGGGGUUGGCCAGGAGAUAUCGUACUGCCAGCAGCUUGGAAUCAAGGUGCUGAUCUCCAUUGGCGGUGGAACAGAUACCUACACUUUGACUUCUGUGGAGGAUGCACAGGACGUGGCAGAUUAUCUAUGGACCAACUUCCUGGACGGAAACACGUCCGCCGGCCCGCUCGGAGCCGCCAUACUAGACGGUGUCGAUUUCGAUAUAGAGUUCGGCGAUGGCCAAUACUACGACAAUCUCACAUACUUCCUGAAAGCGUACGAUCAGAAUGUGUAUUUGACUGCAGCACCGCAGUGCCCAUAUCCUGAUGCUCACUUGAACAUCGCCAUUUCUACCGGUCUCUUCGACACUGUUUGGGUCCAAUUCUACAACAAUCCCCAGUGCCAGUAUAGUUCAGGUAACAUUGAUAACAUUAUCAAUUCCUGGAACACAUGGGUUUCCUCAACAACUGCAGGUAACAUAUCUUUGGGGCUGCCGGCGUCGAGUGAUGCAGCGCCGUCUGGGGGGUUUAUUCCGGCUGAUGUUCUUAUAAAUCAGAUCCUUCCGGUGGUGAAACAAUCGGACAAAUACGGAGGCGUUAUGCUUUGGUCUAGCUAAUUGAAUAGAAAUUUAAAUUUUAA